GCUCUGCUGCAUACACUGCUCAACUACAGACAUUUAGCUCUGCUGCAUACACUGAUAAACUACACAGCCAUAUAGCUCUGCUGCAUACACUGCCCAACUACACUGCAAACACUGCUCAAAUACACAGACAUCCAGCUCUGCUGCAUACACUGCUCAACUACACAGACAUACAGCUCUGCUGCAUACACUGCUCAACUACAGACAUUUAGCUCUGCUGCAUACACUGAUCAACUAUACAGCCAUACAGCUCUGCUGCAUACACGGCUCAUAUACACAGACAAACAGCUCUUCUCAAUACACUGCUCAACUACAGUCCAGCCUACCAUGAAGAGACCUCAGGAUGAUUUGGAGAACUCUCCCCAUUCUCAAAACAAGACUGAUUCCACAGAAGAGUCUCCUAAUAUGUCCAAAUACGCAAAAAAGAGGAGGCGCCGGCUUUCCCACUUAGAACUAUCCCUAGCGGAAAGGCUGCUCAAAUUGGAUAAAAUCCUAACAGAAAUGGGAAAAUUGGAGUCGCCGCUACUGACCACACCCAGACGAGAGAGCAUGGUGCUUAUAAAGCAGUUGGAGGAGACUCGGUUAGAGAUUGCGAGGUUGAGGGUGGAGCAGAAGGAGAAGUCUCUGGCAGCUGAGGCUCUUGAGAAAUCAAACAACUCACACUUAGAGUUGUCCGAUUCCAGCGUGAGCGAGAGCAUUUUCCGGGAGCCUAUGAUGACUCGCUCCGCUGCCAAGACCAAGAAAGUGCUCCGUGUCCUGCCACUGCAUGGUACGAAACUUGGAGUCUUCACAGUUGAGGAACAGCUCUCUGGCACAAGCCUGGCUAGAGAUUUCAAUCUAAACACCAAAGAAAAAGGGAUCAUAGUAAUUGAGAAGAAAAUGCAGGGAACCCCCACAGGCUGCGAGAACAUGCCUGGCUGGGAGUUGACUCUGCGGACAGAUCUGCUCCAGAAUGGCCGAGAGAAACUUCUGAAUCUGCUGAAUGAAGGCUCGAUAACAGAGCUCAAGUCCUUGCAGAAGAUUUGGGACAAGAAGGCCAAGCUCAUUGUGGGUUGGAGGGAGGUCAACGGCCCAUUCAAAAACUUGGAGGACCUGGCCUCUAUAGAAGGGAUAUCUGCCAAAUUUGUCGACAUAUUUUUAGAGGCCAACAUCCUGAGAAUAGUAGCAAGAUGAAGACGCCCCAGGACCCUUCACUUCUCACUGAGAAGCCUUCACCUCAUGGAUUCUAUGAAACCUCUUAUUCGACUGCCUCGUGUACAUUCCUAUAGUCUCCACCAACCCCCUGGUACAUGAGGCUAGUGGGGGGCCUCCUUGUGUUCCACCUCUCAUUGUGACUCUUUACCCUCCUCAGUGUGAGGUCGGCGAUGGCAGGAGCGUUGUCUUAUUUUUGGAUUAUUUUUAUUAUCAUUUUUUAAUGUAUUUGGUUGAAUCUGUGCAGUGAGCUGCCCCCCACCCCACACAGGCAUCAUACAGAUGUGUCUAUAGGAUCUCCAUAUACUUA